ACGUCUAAAGACCGUGUCAACUGAACCGCCUGCUUCGUGCAUUCCAGGGUAAUUCCAUUCGGGUCAUUAGGCUACAGAAUAUUUGUUAAGGCAUCACACCAUUCUCAAGCUAUACGAUACAUUCUGAACGAAAACACCACAAAGGAACUGCUUUGAAUAUUGUAUGACCAGUAAAAUUCGACUGUUUGGAGGACACCCAUCCCGUCCAUACUGCGGCCACCAUCUAUCUCCAGCAGGCUCGAGGCUCUGCCCCGGAACGUGUAUUCAUCCCGCUGUGGUCAUCAUCCGGGAUUGCGCUGCAAUAAAACUUUCGUCCAUCUGCUUUGACAUCUCGGCGACUCCCGCGUUCUCUGCUAAAGCAAAGAACGAGGACAUUAUUCAAUGGCUAUUAGGUCUCUACCUACAGAACGAUUAUUUAUCAGGCUCGCGUGUGUGUUUGUUUUAGUGUUUCAUACCGAAACGUAUGAUAUGAUGACAAUUGCCUAGGAUUAGCUAGAUGACAAUUCGUUUUCCAAUGUUCCCAAAGAGGGAAGCCUGAUGCUAUGAGGGUGUUUUGACACAUCCAAGUGACGCGUGUGAUGUUAGUUGUUUAUCAGCAACAGGAAUCAAGGAUAUUCGUAAUGCAGUUUGUUACGUUUGAAGGCGGUUACAUUGAAACAAUGUAUCAUAAUGGCAUCACGUCUCGUGCCUGGGAAGCGAAUUGAUGAUGGAUUGUUGUUACAUUGUAGCUACCCGAUUGUAAUAGUUUACUUCUUUUUGCGUGUUAUUGGUGAGCUAUUUUUCCAUUACGUGGAGAUGGUGAUUAUAUUUUUCCAGCGUGCCCUUCGUCGUCAUCAUUCGGCUCCUGUGUUCCAUUUUUGAAUUUCUUCGAGGCUGACACGUAUGCUACAGUAAGGAUUUUAUCACAGAAUAUACAAACAUGGGAACUCAGAUUACUGGCACUGGAAGAAAAAGAAUCCCCAACAGGGAGAGACUGACCGCAGAGGACGAUGCCCUCAAUCAAAUCGCUCGAGAGGCUGAGGCGAGACUGGCAGCGAAGCGGGCGGCCAGAGCAGAGGCACGGGAGAUACGCAUGAAGGAACUGGAGAGACAGCAGAAAGAGGAGGAGAGUGAGAGGUACUCCUCCCGUCCUUCACGGAGACACACGUCGAUCUCAGACGAUGAGGAACGGAUGUCGGUGGGGAGCCGAGGAAGCCUUAGGCCUUCAGACUACAGUGGUUUUCUGGGCUCCAACUCUCGGGCCUCGUCCAGGGCCAGCUCUGCCCGUGCCAGCCCAGUGGUGGAAGAGAGAUCAGACAGGGACUUCCUGGAAAAGGGUUCCAGGACUGCCUCUACUCUCUCAGCAGCCACUCUAGCAUCGCUGGGAGGGCCCUCCUCUCGCAGAGGCAGCUGUGACACCUCUAUCUCAGUAGAGACAGAGGCCUCCAUUCGAGAGAUAAAGGACUCCCUGGUGGAGUCUGAGGAGAAGUACCGUAAGGCCAUGGUGUCCAACGCCCAGCUACACAACGAGAAGUCCAACCUCAUGUACCAGGUGGACACGCUGAAGGACUCGCUCAUUGAGCUGGAGGAGCAGCUGUACGAGUCUAAACGAGAGUACAACGACAAGGCCAAGGAGUUUGAGAGGGAGAGGCACGCCCACAGUGUUCUGCAGCGCCAGUUUAACGAGAUGAGAGAGACGCUGAAACAGAGUGAAGAACUGUUAACCGAGGUGGGCCAGCUGCGUCUCAAACAGGACAGCUGUGUUAGGGAGAUCUCCGACCUGCAGGAGACCCUCGGAUGGAAGGAGAAAAAGAUUGGGGCCUUAGAGAGACAGAGGGAAUUCUCAGACGCCGGCGUGCGGGAUGAGCGGGAUAAGCUCAGGGAUCAGGUGGUCCACCUCAAAGACACUCUGAAGAAACAUGGGAUAGUGCUGUCACCUGAAGUAACCACCAAUGGGGAUGCAGGACAGAUGAUUGACGGGCCUCGCAGUGCAGACUCUACCUCCCGAUUGGCUCAGGAGUCCCAGCCGUCUCAUGGUGGGGAGAGCAUGCUUGGCGAAGCACCAGAGAUGCAGUUUGACCAUGGCGAGGUGACGACACCAGGGGGAGGCAGACUUCUACAUGAGGCUGACAACUACUCACAUGACCAGGAGAGGGCACUACUGGAGAUAGAAUCUUCGGACAAGUUGAACCAAGACAAGUUGAAUGACAGCCUGCAGCAACAAACAGACACUGAAGCAGAGCAGUCCAAGUACUGUGACCAAGAGACCCAGGUGGAUGUUGCUGUACCUGAAGAAGCCAUUUUGGUGCAUUUUGGUGACAAAGAGACUCAGAUUGAAUAUGAAGAAGAGAAACCCCAAUAUUGCUGCACAGAAACUCUGGUGGAACCUGCUGAACUUGAGGGAGCCAUUUUGGUUCAAAGGGAAUAUACAGAUGGUGGCAGUGACAAUGGAGAGGGGUUGAAUCAAAGAGGAUUUGAACCAGAAUCCCAGGAACAGGCAGAGAAUGAGGAAAACAGUGGGGAAAGUAACAAGGAAGCUGUACCAGUAAGCGGUGGCACUGACGGACAAUGUGAGGAAAACACAAACCUUGAGAAAGGACGGGAAAACACAGAGCUUCUCACAGCUGUGUCUACUGACUCUGAAGAACAGGACAUCUCUGGCCCAACUCUCUGUGAUGAGACAGAGGCAACUCUUAGUCAAAUCCAAAGGGACCUGCAAGGAGAGAACACCCAGGAGUAUGAUCCUGGGACUAAAGGUCAAGUCAUUCCAGAAAACUCAAGGAUCACGGAAUCUGAGAUGAUUAAGAUGAUUCUGAGGAUUUCUGUAUGUCUAGGGGAGGCAAAGACCAGCCCAAAUCAGAUCUCUCAGGGAUCAUUAAAGAAAACAGAAACAAUAGGGAUGGAGAUGAAGAAUCAUCCAGGGCAUCCUGCAGAGCAUCAGGCAGAGACUGGCCAAGUAACAUCUACUGGAACAUCUGCUAUCUCAUCUACAGUCUCUAAUGAACUGUUUAUCUCUGAAUGUCCUGACGAGGUUGGAAUCAAGACAGAUCAGCUCAUAAUAAACACUUUAAGUGAAUUUGAGAAAGACACACAGAAUUCUCUAGAACUUCAGCAACAUCCGAAUGAUCAUUUCAGGACAGAAAGCUCUGUGGAAAUUGUGCCGAAGAUCACAGACUCUGACGGACAGAAAUUAUCUGAGAGGGUUGAAGAGCUGGAGUCGAGUUCAGUGGAGAGCAAGCCAGAUCAGAUUUGGCAGGAAUCUGUAUGUGGCAUGAAGGAAGAUGAACCAAAUACUAAAGAGCUUCAGGCAAAGGAGCUCCCAUCCACUAUCUCUGACAAAAUGGUAACACCUAUCAUAACAGAGGAGGGGAAGACUAGACUAGACGAACAGGUGAUCCCUGAUUUACCAGAGAGGCUAGAAACCAGCUUAGUAAAUACCUUACCAGGAGUUCAAGGUGAUCAGAAGAUGGAUGUAGCAGAAUCAAGGGAGAAACAAGGAUGUACCUGUAAAUGUACAUGUAAACAAUCCGAGAGUGAUCAAGUACUGAUGGAAAACUCACUGGAUGUAGCUCUAACUCAGAGGAUCAGCGACUCUAGUGGAGAGGUUAUCUCAGACAGGACAGAGGAGGUAGAGCCCAGCCCAGACAGGAUCCAGUCAGAAUCACCCAGUCGUGUAGAGAGAGAAGAAUGGUGCAUCAUUGAGGAGAACAUCUAUGAGGAGAAUCUCCAGCAGGAAGCCAUUCAGGAGGAGCAACAGACAGAACAGGGGGAGGCUUCAACAAGUUCACCAGCAGGGGGAGACAAUGAGUUAAACGAUGGGGCCUCCGCUGGAUAUAUAGACAGUUGUGAAGAAGCCGUUCUAAUUGUGAAAGAGGAGGAAACCUAUCUAUCUGUAGAAGAAGAGCACAUCAGCUCCUCACCCGGACCCUCGGCACUUGGCCAAGAGAUACAGCCAUUACCUGAGGCGGUGGAGGGGAGAGAGCGCCCCCCAGUGGAAGAAGCCCAGAAACAGGAGAGCGGUGUAAGAAAGGGACAAAGGGGCAAUAGGAAGGGCAAGGGCAAAGUUCCUUGCAAAGUAAACUAGUUGACGAGCACCGUACUCUCAAAGUGUUAUUUGAUGUGUAAUAGACUACUGACUGGGGUUGCAGCCAGUCUCUGUGGGUUUCUUUGUUUUACUCAAAGGAAUUACAGGUUUUAUUUAAUGAAUUAUUUAGUGCCUUGAAUAAAUUAACCAUGUUGAAGAGCGAUCGGUUUUGUUUUAUUUUGCACUAUUGCAUACUGAUUUCUGGCUUCCAUAAAACCUCUCCAAGCUUCCAUUUAUCCACAGGGGGUCGGAUUAUAUUACACAACAACAAUUCUGUAUUGUCCACCAAACUUCCAUUUAUCCACAGGAGGUCAGAUUAUAUUACACAACAACAAUUCU